ACCAUGGCACAUUAUUAUCAUGGAUUCACUCACAUGGGACAAGUCUAUUAGGCAAACCGAAUUUCAGUAUGUAGUCAGGUACCUGGAUCACCUCUGCACUGUCAAAAAUAUUCCAAAAAAACACAUGCAACUAUCACAUCAUGUACUGAAGGUUCCAAGGCAACAGAUUGACAGUAACAGUUGUGGGAUAUAUAAUGCAUUGUUCCUAAAGCAUUUUUUAAUGGAUUUAGACAUAUAUGAAAGUAACCCAAAUCAUUAUGUCAAUGAAAAUCAUCAAUGGUUUACUUGUGAAUACGCUGAAGAAUACAGGAGACAAAUUAAAAGGCAAUGGGAUAUGCAGUUUUUACUCCACACUAAAUUUGGAAAAUCAUAAUUUUUGAGAUCCAAAAUGUAAAUACAAAAUAUAACUGAUUUCUAUGUACAUAUAAAACAAAAAGAUUCCUCAUUUCUUCAAUCUGUGUCUUUGAUAAUUGACGGUUGAAGAUUGACCAGAUAGGCACACACCUUAGCAAUAGAAUUUAUGUAAGGCUUUAUAGUAAGUGGAAUUGGGCUUCUUAAAAUUCUAAAAAGUUUUAGCUUUCUUAUCAUCCUCUCCACAUGAACCCUCGCUCGAGCAAUUCGACGGGUUAAAGUCACUGCUUGUUCAGAUAUUUUGUUCUUUGCCAUGAUUGGAGGAGCCAACAAGUAUACAUGGUGAAGGGCGAGGAUGUCCUGAAUGUUAAAACCUUUGUCUGCCAUGACAACGUCAUUAGCUUCCAAAGCAUUAAGAAAACCACUUCUUUGCACUAUAGAUUUGUCACUGAUUGACCCACUAUAUAAUUCUGAAACAAAAUUAAAAUGACAGAUCGGAGAGAGGGAAACCAACAGCUUGAAAGUAUUUGCUGACUUGUAUCCACUAUAUGUUCUACGUUGGCUUGAUGGAUUGGAAGGUUUUUCAAUGUAGAAUUCAGUACAAUCAAUUACAGCUCGAAGAUUUGGAUAAGGUCUGAAAACCUUAUAUUAAGGUCUGAAAAUCAGAUAUUC